AUGUCUGCCUUUGGUCACGACAAGGCCUGGAUGGAGGCCGGAGGCUUUGGCCUGGAGGCUGCUGAAAGAACCGAAUACCAGUCUCUGUGCAAAUCUAAACUCUUAUUCCUGGGAGAGCCGAGCGUAGGGAAGACAUCCGUCAUCACCCGCUUCAUGUACAACAGCUUCGGCUGCGCCUGCCAGGCAACUGUUGGAAUUGACUUCUUGUCCAUGUACUUGGAGGACCAAAUAGUUCAGCUGCAGCUAUGGGACACAGCUGGCCAGGAGCGCUUUCACAGCCUAAUUCCUAGCUACAUUCGUGAUUCAACUAUUGCAGUGGUUGUCUAUGACAUCACAAACAUCAGUUCUUUUAAGGAGACAGAUAAGUGGGUAGAGUAUGUAUGAGCAGAAAGAGGUGACGAUGUUGUCAUCAUGUUGGUGGGUAACAAGAUUGAUUUGGAUAACAAAAGACAAGUCACUGCAGAAGAGGGUGAAGAAAAAUCCAGAAACCUCAAUGUGAUGUUUAUUGAGACCAGUGCCAAAACCGGUUACAACGUGAAAAAGCUGUUCCGGCGUGUGGUUUCUGCCCUUCUUUCCACAAGGACUUUACCUCCACCAAAAGAGGGGACAGUUGAAAUCGAACUGGAAUCCUUUGAGGAGUCAGGCAACAGAAGCUAUUGUUCCCGUUGACAGCUUAGGCUUUCUCUGCCUCAUUUGAUGGAUUUCUUACAUUUGGGGUUGCCAUGCCAGUUCUCCUCCCCACCUCGUUUUAUGAUACAUGGCCACUUACUCUCUUCCAAUUCCUAGGCUUGGGGUAAAAACAGAACCCCUGAAAGUGCUAUCAUUUUUUCCCGACUGCAUCUCACAGCUACUGGGUGGAAGCUUCUUGCAGCACCUGGGAAUUCUACCUUACCUUCUCUGAUGGCUAAAAGACAUCUGUAGAGAAUACAGUUCUAUAGCAGCUGACAUACUUCAAAGGCCAAUACAAUUCAUUCUCCACUGUUUGUUGUUGUUUACGUACACCCUCAAUAAAUGGUUCUUUAACCUAA